UUUAGCAUCAAAAAAUAAGUCUCGCUAAAAUGCUUCGUCACGUCAAAAUGCCUGUAGGCAUCCCACUCCGGCACAUGUUCGUCCAGAAAAGAACCGCUAUGCUUCAAUCAGAAAAGCCGUGCGCUAUUUUAGCGGAUAAAAUAGUUCGAGGAACUAUGCAAAACACAUUUUAUAAUCAUCCCAGUUACGUUAUGGCUCGUGAAAAAAUGUAUUAUACGAUUUGGGUAGAUAUAGGCAUUUUUUCCAUCUCGUUUUAUGCUCUGAUAUCAUACUUCACACUUGCCUACUUUUUCAAAGCGUAGCUUAGAAUAUGAAGAUAAUAAUAAUCAUUAUUAUUAUUAUUUUAUUAACAUUACUUUAGGUAUAGUAUAUUUUUAGACUUUAUCCAAGUCACGCGAAAAUCCUUUUUAUUUAAAGGAAAGGUGUGUUUAUUCAGUUGAAUCACCAAUUAUUUGGGAUAUUCU